UUAAAGUGACUUCAUGCAGAGUGAUCCCUCCUCUCAAAGCAUCCAAGCGUGGCUUUCUGCAGCCUCACGUCCUUUUUCCUCCUCCAGCAUCAGUGCGUCGCGGCUGUGCGUAAAAUACAAGCCUCCCCCAUCACUCCCGAGACCAGAGCUCUCCAAAGUGGGCCAGUAGUCGUUAACCUCCUGUGUGGCUUUUUUUUUCUUGAAAAGCGACCAACAGAGCAGCACCAUGGAUGUGUUUAAGAGCAGGCUGUUGGGGAUUUCCGUGGCCGUUGCGCACGGAGUUUUCUCUGGCUCUUUGAACAUUUUGCUGAAGUUUCUAAUCAGUAAUUAUCACUUUAAGUUCCUGACGCUCAUCCAGCUCCUCACCAGCAGCACCGCAGCGCUCACUCUGGAGAUCCUCAGGAGACUGGGGAAGGUGAAGAUCCCACCGUUCAGCGUGCAGCUAUCCAAGGAGUUUGCCUCCGUGUGCAUCCUCUCCACGCUACAGUCCACUCUCACCCUGUGGUCUCUGCGCGGCCUCAGCCUGCCCAUGUACGUCGUCUUCAAGCGCUGCCUGCCGCUCUUCACGCUCAGCAUCGGCGUGUGCAUGCUGAGGAACGGCAUCCCGUCCAUCGGCGUAGCGACCGCCGUGCUCAUCACCACCGGGGGAGCCGCACUAGCUGGUGCCGGAGAUCUCACCGGGGAUCCUUUUGGUUACGUCACGGGCGUUUUGGCGGUCAUCAUCCACGCCUCCUACCUGGUCCUGAUCCAGAAAACCAGUCAUGACAGUGAAUAUGGACCACUCACAGCGCAGUACGCCAUCGCCAUCAUGGCCUCACCGGUGCUUCUAGUGUGCUCCCUCAUCUCCAUGGACACCAUCAACAUGUGGUCGUACGAGGGCUGGAAGGACCCCCACAUCACGGCCAUCUUCGUCUUCUGCAUCUUCAUCGGCUGUGCUAUGAACUUCACCACGCUGCACUGCACCUACAUCAACUCUGCCGUCACCACCAGCUUCGUCGGGGUCGUGAAGAGCAUCGCCACCAUCACCGUCGGCAUGCUGGCGUUCAACGACGUGGCACCUACGGGACUGUUCAUCGGGGGUGUCGUGGUGAACACAGUCGGCUCCAUUACCUACUGUGUGGUCAAGUACUAUGAAACGAAGAAGAAGAGCUUAUACGAGGACCUGGAGGAGUCUGGGAAAGAUGGUGGUCUACCAGGGGAGCCUUACAGAGAGAAACCAGUGCUGAAUGGUGACGGGCCUGAUGACGGGGCUGGAUCUGAUCCAGGAAACCAGGACAUGGAGGGGGUGCUGACCAGUGACAGUGCAGAUCAGUUGGCACCGGCUGGCUUGGCAAACGGAGAGGUGUGGACAGGAGACAAGGAAGCAGGCAUGACUUCUCGAGUCAUGACCGAAAAGGAGGUGCUGGAGAUGCAGAGAGAGCACAUCCAGAAAGAGAACGCCACCCCCGGUCAGUCUGUUAGUGACAGCUAUGUCGGGGUGUGGAGGUCCAUUAGACAUCUGCAGUUCAUGAAGAAAGACCCUCUGAUUGAUAACAUGGAGCAGCAGAGUCCGUGAGGGCUGGGCCGACACCUGGACAGUCCAGUCAAAAAAUACGUGAAUGAAUUCAAACGUCUUAAACAUGCUGAGGACAUUACCGGAGAAGAAUAGGACACAUGCAGAAUAGAAACAACAAACUGUCCAUCGGGAACCUCUUUAAGUCCUGAUAGAAGAGCUGGACAAAAGCUUGUUGGAUACACUGGUCAUGUUUGCUGCUGUCGCUGUGAUACCUCAAUGAAACCCCAGGCUUUUGUGCUAAAAGUUUUAUUUCAUCACGGAGCUUUGAGUGCAACAAGCACGCUCUUGGUUUUGUUCAAAGCAGGGAACACAAAGUUAUGUUCUUUUUUAUGCCUGAGAAUAAAAAAGAGGUGUCUUUUGGUAAAAAAAAAAGAUGAGGAGUUUUGGGAGAGGCUGCCUGAGAGUGAUAAAUUCUGCCUCCCGUUUGCUUCAGCUCCGAGGCGUCCGGUGGGGGACAGG